CGUCCUGCUGGGGCCCUCGGUGGUCAGACACGAUGUGAUCCGGUCGCCCUGGUAUGCCGAGGUGCGCAUGCCCACUGAAGAGGACGCAGCGGCUCCAUGUGUGUUGAGGCGCAUUAUUUGGCAACAGACGCGGCAGCGGGGAGGGCCGAAAAAAAGAGGAUAUCCCCUGGAUUUCAAAAAAGCAGCGAUUUAUCGAGGUUAACAGCAGACUAAACAUUCCUUGGUCGACCAUCGGCGAAGAGCGGGCGACGAAGCGACCGAGAUCUGCAGCCAGACCAGGACAAGGACACAACACAGGCACUUGAGAGUCCUCUGCAGACUGGUGUGGCAGGGGGAUGUCUGAGGAGGCAGUCCGCCAGACGCGCAGCCAGAAGAGGGCGCUGGUGAGGGAGGGCGCUCCCCAGUCUACAGAAAACUCCGAUAAUGAAAAUGACAUCAAAAAGCCUAAAUUGGACCCGUCUGAACCCACGGCACCGGCACAAACGACACCAAAACCCGACCCUGAACUGGCUCAGGAUGGUCGGAGCCGGACUAGCACCGGAUCAGAGCACGAGGACGAACAAGAGCAGAGCUGCUUGCCGUUACCUUCGGCGUUACCAUUGGCCCCCAAUGAUGAUCGGGAGCAGAGCCCGAGGCAGCAUGCGGCUGAACCAAGCUCAGACAAUCGGACUGACUGCAGUGAUAGAGCCAGCAGCGAGGGGACGGAGCCUGCUGUGGAUACAAGGAGCCGGGCCCGGCCGACAGAGCCAAAGGCGUCCAGUGGCAUGCUGACUGCUGGCGAGGUGAAGGCCACCAUCAAAGUCGAGGUUCAGACGGGAGAGCAACCUGUGGACAUGAGCACCUCCAGAGGCAGUAUAAAAAGGGAGAAGCGCCCUCCGUCCCCUGACGACGACGAUGAUGAUGAUGUAAUCAUCUUGUCAGAUAACGACUCCCCGAGUCCACCCAUGAACGGCCUGAGCCACUUUAAGGAGCUGGACACAGACCUUCUCAUGAAGAGCAGCCCAGCGGAGAGGGAGCAAAUCAUUAAGCAGCUGAAGGAGGAGCUGAGACUGGAAGAGGCCAAGCUGGUGCUGCUGAAGAAACUCCGACAGAGCCAGAUACAGAGGGACACCCUCCAAAAGCCCUCAGGUCUGACCGGCUCCUCUGCUGCUCCACCUCCUCUAAUUCGAGGAACGAAUACAAGCAAUAAAGGCUCUCAGCAGAUACUGACCGGCAGGAGUUCAGGCACGGUCAUCCCUCCACCACUGGUGAGAGGGGGGCAGCAGGUUUCGUCCAAACAUGGCUCCCAGAUCAUCAUGCCGCCUCUGGUCAGAGGGGCACAGCCCAUCUCCGUUUCUCCACAGCAGAUCCAGGCUCUCCGCCAGCAGCAGCAGCAGCAGCAGCAGUUGGCUGCCUCUGGAGGCUCGGGCUCAGGACCCCCUCCUCUGCUUUUGGGCCCCAGGACCUCAGCCCCUACAGCCCAGGGCCAGAGAGGCAUGGUCCAGUCAGCCCUCAUCAGAAUCGGCAAUAGCGCUAACAUGCUGGCCUCAGCAUCCAGUUUGAAGGGCUCCUCCUCAGGAAGCAGCAGCCUGUCUGGGGUUGGCGUGAACGACUCUCCAGCCAGCCGCCACGCUGCAGCUAAACUCGCCCUGCGAAAACAACUGGAGAAGACCCUCCUGGAGAUCCCCCCACCCAAGCCCCCUGCCCCGGAGUUCAACUUCCUGCCCUCAGCAGCCAAUAAUGAGUUCAUUUACCUGGUGGGACUGGAAGAGGUGGUGCAGAAUCUGCUGGAUACCAUCCACAGAGGAAAGACAGGCGUACCACUGUCCAAGGCCACUAUCAAAGACCCUUUCAUCUGCACUCAGUGCAACACUGACUUCACCUGCCGCUGGAGGCAAGACAAGACUAAAGGAGGGGCAAUGCUCUGUGAAGACUGCAUGUCAUCCAAUCAGAAGAAGGUUCUGAAAGCUGAGCACACCAGUAGGCUGAAAGCAGCGUUUGUCAAAGCACUGCAGCAAGAGCAGGAAAUCGAGCAGCGAAUCAUUCAGCAGACAUCUUCAUCGGUGUCCCACAGUAGCUCCUCAUCCGCUUCAUCGCUGAAGGUGGAGCAGUUGGUUUCUCAGCAGCUUAAGCAGGCUCAGGCCAGAGCAUCCUCCCUCCAGCACCACCACCAGGCCAGCCGAGCAGCCAACAUCAUUCACCAUCACUCCAUCAAGAGUUCCCAGGGCCAGUUGUCCCACGGCGUCUCAUCAGUGGGGGUGAGGGGCGUCCCCCAUUCCUUCUCCUCCUCCUCCCAGCUGCAGAGUGCAGUGGCGGCUGCAGCUUUGGUCAGCCGGCCAGGUAAGCAUGCCCAUGUUUCCCACCGCUCUGUCCAGAGUUCAAAGGUGAGCAGCAGUGGAAUCGGCGGCGGCAGGAAUAUCAGCGGAGGUAGUGCCUCAUCCACUGCAUGGAAGAAGCAGAGCAACAGCAACACAGGAGUGACUAUGGCUUAUGUGAACCCCAGUCUGACGGGCCACAAGACAUCAGCCACCGUGGACGCUCGUCAGAGGGAGUACCUGCUGGGCAUGAUCCCCUCUCGCUCGUCGAUCUCGCAGACUGCAAACACAUGGAAAUAACUGCGAUAACUCUUCCAUUCAUUAUUAGUUUUUGUCCAAGUUCCUUGGCUCCAAUAAUAAGGUCAACAGCACCCCCUGGCGGACUGUUAAGCAAAUACAAUCUCUCGAAUUGGAAAAAAAAAAAUCCUUCCUUACCUGUUGUAUGAUUGUUGUUUUUAGUUUUCUUAUUUUCUGUUGUUUGUCUUGAGGUUCUUUGGUUAUUGUGCAAAAAUCAUUUUUGAUUUGAUUUAGUAAAAUAAAAAAAUAAAUAAAAACAUACUUGAAGGGCUUCCCCCCCGGGUACUUCUGCCCUCCACACUUGGCGGAUAAUUAAUGGUAAGAGUUUAUGUCUGCAGUGAGUGCUUUGGUAAACAUGAGUACUCUUUUCUGGGCUUGCGAGUCCUUUCUGCCAUGAUGUCGGUCAAACUGACCUGACCUUUGACACUUGAAUGGUUAUAGUCAUACCCAAGAGUUCACUUUCAGAAUACAUUUAUUAUAAGCAAAAACAAAGUAACUGAGUUGUAAAAUGUUCAGUACAUCACCCCUGUAGUUAAGGUUUUAUUUUGUAUUUACAUUAAGUUAUUUUCUUUUUGACUGAUGUUAAAAAUCACUCUGUAUAAUGUGGUUUCCACAAAUGAAGAGUUUAUUCUAGCUUUGUAUUUUUUUUCUCUGUUUAACAGCAUGCCUACCCUUAACCCCUCUGUUCAUUUUGCACCUUAGCUGGAGAAGCAUGGUGUUGUGGCUUAAUUCACCUGUAAUUACCAUCUGUAAUGUGCUUAUUUUAUAGUAAUGUCAACAUUGUAAGAUUAUUUUGAGUGUUAUGUCAUCGCUGAGAUAAUGCAAACUCUGAAGGAGCUCUGAAUUUGCCACACGGGAGCCAGAGAUUUUGCCUGCGAUUGUUACAACCAAAAUCCAUGCAAUAUCCAGCAUAUAUAUGGCCCUGAAUCAGUUGUUAAAGGGAACGUCUCCCAGCUACAAAGACCCUGGAAUACUCAAGACUGUUUUUAUCUUGUACCUCUCAACCUUAAUUGCAUAAUUUCUCUGCUUCCUGAUCUUAUUUGCAUUGUAAAAACUUAUGUUAAAAUUUAUUUGGUUUACUUUUUCCUAGCUCCUAAAGAAAUAAUAAAAAAUAUAAAUUUUA